CCUAGGUUCUAUAAACAUUGAGCCAAAUUCUUCAAAUUACAGAAUUUAAUGGGGGUAAAUCGCUAUGCAAUAGUAAUGGCUCAGCACAAACAGAGACCUCUUUCAAAUUUUUAAAAAUCGUUUUAUCAGCAGUCAACGUUUGCGUUGGAACCUCAGAAUCAAGCCCCUUCCUAUUCAUAUUUUGUAUUCUCUCUCUCUUGCUCUCUCUAUAAAUAUAUUACUAUUUUCUGUUCCCUCUCUCUCUCUCUUCAAUCUCGCCAUUUUUUUACCCAAAAAACUCGUAGAAGAAGCUUUCUUUUCCCGUGUUUUGAAUCUUUCAUAGAUCGUAUGGUUCCUCAUGCCCCCCUAUACACCCCACAACAAUGGAUUCUCUCUCCCCAUUUCUUCAAUCCCCUUUCUCUGUGGGUGCCUCCUCUCUUUCUCUCCUCCCCACCUCUCUCUCUCUAACUUCCAGGAAACUCUCCUCCACCAAGACCAUAUUAAUAGCCUCUGGUGUAUCAGUCCUACUGCUCAUCUUCUCUCUGUAAUGGCUUGUUUUGCUUGUUUUAGAGUGAGAAACAAAGGGAAGAAGAACAGGGGAGGAGAGAGAGUGGCCCCAAAGGAAGAAGAGGAGAUUGCAGGGGAGGUGGUGAGGAGGUUUAGUUGGAGAGAGGUGGAGGAGAUGACCAAGAAUUUCAGUUGUGUUAUUGGAGAAGGUGGGUUCAGCACUGUGUAUUUGGGGUUUCUGUGCAGUGAUUCUUUGGAUCAUGGAGCGGUGAAGGUGCACAGAAACAGUGAGAGAAUGAAUAGGGUGUUUAGGCAGGAGUUGGAGGUUUUAAUGGAUGUUCGCCAUGAAAACAUUGUGAAGUUUCUGGGCUACUGCGAUGAGUGCGAUGAGAAAGAUGAAGGAGCCCUGAUCUUUGAAUACGUGCCCAAUGGAUCCCUUCACGACCACCUCCACACCCUCUCCACGCCCCUCCCUUGGCAAUCUCGCACGAGUAUAGCCCUCAACCUUGCACGUGCCAUCGAGUUUAUACACGACCGGUGUACCAAGCACAUAGUCCAUUGCGACGUAAAGCCCUCUAACGUUCUCCUCGACCAAAACCUAAACCCCAAGCUUUGCGACUUUGGGUCUGCACGUGUGGGGUUUUCCUCCACCGUUCUAAACACGUGCGAGGGGAGGCGGGCCCCCGUUGUGGGGUCACCUGGUUAUGUGGACCCCCACUAUUUGAGAACAGGGAUUAUAUCUAAGAAGAACGAUGUGUAUAGUUUUGGGGUGUUAUUAUUGGAAUUAAUUACUGGGAUUGAGGCUUUUUGUUCGGAAAAGGGCAGGCUUUUGGCGAAAAUUUCGGUGGAUAACCUCGAGGAUGUGAAGAUUGUGGAUGAGCGGUUGAAAGGAAAUUUUGAGAAGGAAGAGUUUAGGGUUUUGGGGUCCAUUUGUGAGGCCUGUUUUAGGGAACAGCCAAGUUUGAGGCCUUCUAUGAGUGAGAUUGUCAAGAUUAUGGAAGAUAACGUUUCUUCUUCUUUUAAUUUGGAAUGUAAGAUAGAAAAGGCGUAAAAUUGUGGGUUUUUCUGAUUUUUUAUUUUUGUUUUUAAAAAAGAUGGGGUGAUUUUUGGUUGGGUGCCUGGGCUGGGCGCCCGGCCUGGUCCUAAGUAGGGCAUGGGCCACAGUUUGUGGCCUGAGGGGCAGGAUAGGGCCGCUGCCGGCCCAAUUCGACCACCAGCCCAGCU